AUGAAAAGACAAUUUGACGAUCAAGACAGAAUGUAUGGAAACAACAAAAGACAUCGUUCUGACGGAUAUAACGAAGCUUUAGCUGAGGGGAAGUAUGAAUUGCGCUUUUUGAUUCCGACAAAGUCUGCCGGAGCGAUCAUUGGUAAAGGAGGUGAAUCUAUCAAGGCGCUCCGUGCGAAGUACGAGGCCCACGUUCUUGUCCCUGACCGAAGCACACCCGAGCGGUAAUUUUCCCACAAUUUGUCUGCAAGUUCUAAAUUGGUUCAAGUGUGGGGAUUGCUUGUCCCACCUCUGCUCCUCCAAUCCAACAUCCGAACACCAAAUGUGAAGCCCGAAGCCUUUAAA